AAAUCUGUGGGAUUCCCUUGCUGAAUCCUAAAUAGUCUGCUCGCCCCGGCCUGCACCGCUCUAGAGGUAGAUUUCCUUGCAGGUCCUGUGCUGUUAAACCCGGGAAGCCCAGAUUUGAAAAUAAAAACAAUGAGGAAGUUAAGGCUUAAGGAACUAGAGAGUCGCCUGCAAGAAGUGGACGGGUUCGAAAAGCCAAAGUUACUUCUAGAACAGUAUCCCACCAGGCCGCACAUUGCAGCAUGCAUGCUCUAUACGAUCCAUAAUACCUAUGAUGACAUUGAAAAUAAAGUGGUUGCAGAUUUAGGAUGUGGUUGUGGAGUACUUAGCAUCGGGGCUUCCAUGUUAGGAGCAGGGUUGUGUGUUGGAUUUGAUAUAGAUGAAGAUGCACUGGAAAUAUUUAAUAGAAAUGUGGAAGAGUUUGAGUUAACAAAUGUUGAUAUGAUUCAGUGUGAUGUGUACUCAUUAUCUAACAGAAUGUCCAAGUUAUUUGAUACAGUAAUUAUGAAUCCUCCCUUUGGAACCAAAAAUAAUAAAGGUACAGAUAUGACUUUUCUGAAGACUGCUUUGGGAAUGGCAAGAACAGCAGUAUAUUCUUUACACAAAUCCUCUACUAGAGAACAUAUUCAGAAGAAAGCUGCAGAAUGGAAAGUCAAGAUAGAAAUUAUUGCAGAGCUUCGAUAUGACCUGCCAGCAUUAUACAACUUUCAUAAAAAGAAAUCAGUAAGUUUCCCAAUUGUGGCUUGUGUACAUUCAGUAUUCAAAAGCUUUGCAAUAGUUCUUUCCACUCUUAGCAAGUUGCAUGGGUAAAUAAAAAGCCAGCCUGAGAAAUCAGAUAAGUUAACUGUGGAAAGGGCCCAUACUGAAAGCAGUCAAUAUUCUAGUUGAAGUUCUUUUUGAAAAGUUUUAAGAGCAAAAAAAAGAAAAAAAAAUAAACAGUUGGCUAUUUUUAUACAGCAUAUAUUUUACAAGUUUGUACUAAUACAUUCUCAUAUUACAAAGGCAAUUAAGAGGAAUAAUCUUCCUUUUCAUAUUUGAAUCAUCCAAACACAAACAGAACUAUACAUUUUAAAAAACUUUCAUUUGGAUAACAACAACAAAAAAAAAGGACAAGUAAAACAAAUUUUUUUUCCUUUUAUACAGGUGGACAUUGAAGUGGACCUAAUUCGCUUUUCUUUUUAAAAGCUUCCGAAGACAAAAAGCAGCUUAAAAUCUAACUAAGAUGAAUAAAAACAUUGCUUACUAAA